GUCGAGGAUACAGUAUUGUUGGAGUGGGAUGAAGAAUCAAAGGAAGAAAAGAAAAUCAAAAUCCUGACCAAUCCAACACCUGGACUAGAUGUGAGAACCAAGGGCAGUGACCUGACGAAGGACACCUUGAUCAUGAGAGCUGGAACGAAGUUGAGUCCUGCAGACGUUGGAAUACUAGCAUCCGUUGGAAUAACUCGAGUGUCUGUCGUCCAAAAGCCGAAAGUAGCUGUUCUUUCCACGGGCAAUGAAGUAAUGGAUCCCUUUUCC